GAACAAGAACAAUAGACGAGACACUCUCAAACAACCCAUCACAUCAUGAUUGGAAUAUGGAUUCCCGACUUGAGAGAAAGCACCGACGGCCUUCCCUUGGCUACAAAAAUCAGUGACCUGUUCCUUGGUUUUCCGUAUGAUCGAGUACCCGAGAAUUGGAUUCUGCAGCUCGUGCUGCACCCCGGAUCUGUCUUUGCCAUGCUCGCAUUCUAUCUGGUAUCGAAACCGUUGUUUCAACAAAUCGCCAAGCUGGUCGAUCCGAAAGCUACCUGGUUCAUUGUUUCGAUAGCAGAGCACAAUUUUUUGCUAGCAGUCUUCUCGCUGGUGGUUGUAAUCAAUUCUUGGCCCAUUGUCAUCGACCAUUAUCAGCGGUACGUAAGAAACCGGGGCAUAGUAUCUGUCAUCUUCUUCCUACCCGAUGACCGACGGUGUUGUAGUUUGGAAUAAUAUGUGUUCACUCAAACGGAAAGCAAUUUAAAAAUUUGGGCAACGUUGAAAAUGAAUUUGAACACUAACCUACUGCUUCCUUCGUGUCAAAAACAGCUAUGGGGCAUUCGAUACGUAUUGCGAUCCAGAAGGAAGGCUGUGGGAUAAAAAUGGUUCUGGCUUUGGACCAUGGGCUCUUAUUUUUUAUAUAAGUAAAUACUGGGAAUUCGUAGACACGUGGAUCUUGGUCCUGAAGGGGAAGAAACCAAGUUUUCUGCAAGGUGAGAGAUGAAUUUGGCGGCAUUCCAAUAUUAUGGUGUGAACAUUUUGGGGUUUUAUUGAUUGAAUAUAUCUCACACGACUUGUCACGAUCCAAUUCAAUACAGUGUAUCACCAUACGGGUAUAGCCUUCUGUAUGUGGGUCGGUGUGCUCAGUCAAUCCU